AUGAAGGGAAUUCAGAUCAAGGAAUAUGUCAAUGGCCCAGACGACCUCAAUGUGACCACCCUCCCCACUCCCACUCCAAAACCAAACGAAUACCUCAUCGCCAUCCACGCUUCCGCAACAAACUUCUUCGAUCUCCUUCAGAUCCGCGGCAAAUAUCAGCACCAGCCGCCCUUCCCCUGGGUCGCCGGCUCCGAGUUCUCCGGCACCAUCGUCUCCGCGCCUACCUCCACCUCCUCUACGCCCAAGUACAAAGUCGGCGACAAAGUCUUUGGCGCAACACAAGGCGGCUACGCGACACACGUUGCAUGCGCGGAGGAGCGACUACGGCCUGUACCUCGGGGUUGGAGCUUCCAGGAUGCUGCGGGCUUGUUUGUCACGGCACCGACGAGCUAUGCUGGGUUGGUGGUGAGGGCCGGGAUCAAGGAGGGAGACUGGGUGCUUGUGCAUGCUGCUGCGGGAGGUGUCGGUCUAGCAGCUGUGCAGAUUGCGAAGGCGUUUGGGGCAAAGGUCAUUGCGACGGCGGGGACGCAGCAUAAGUUGGAUGUCGCCAAGUCGUUUGGCGCAGACUACGCUAUCGACUACAAGCAGAAGGACUGGCCGGAGCAGGUCAAGAAGCUCACCCCGAAGGGUCGCGGCGUGGAUAUUGUUUAUGACCCUGUUGGUCUCAUUGCGCAAUCGAUGAAGUGCACAGCGUGGAACGGACGACUACUUGUUGUUGGAUUUGCGGCGGGAGACAUCGAGAAGUUAGCGACAAACAGAGUACUGUUGAAGAACGUGAGCGUAGUCGGGCUGCAUUGGGGUAUGUAUGCCGUGAACGAGCCUGACAUGGUGGAGAAGGUGUGGGAUGGUCUCUUCAAGCUCAUGGACGAGAACAAAUACAAGGGCACAGUAUUCUCAGAUCAAGAAUACGUUGGGCUUGAGAGCGUACCUGCUGCACUGAAGGCAUUAGGCGGAAGGAAAAGCUGGGGCAAAGUAGUCGUCAAGGUGCCGCAGGAGGGACAAAGUAAGAUCUGA